CAAGCUCGUGAUCGUGAAGAAUCUUCACGGUUACACGGUUACACAUAUGAUGCAAUGUGGACUCGUUUUUGCCAAGUUGCUUGCGACUUCCACGACUAUGAGGACGUUCUACGCGCCGUUCCUCUAAUAUUCUACGUGAAUGUUGUGAAUCAUCGACAGCAUAACGAGGAAGUCAACAAGUUCUGGAACGAGAUCGAGCUUAUGUGUCUAGAGCAAGAGAUAACCUUGCGCACAAAACGAUGCCAUUUAAAUAUAAGUAGUAAGACGCAAGAUAUGAUGGAGAACAUGGCAGAGGAGACCGUGGAAGCUCAUUUAGAGACAACAAAACAGAGACCGACAAGAAAAAGAAAAAAAAUAUGUUAUACUGAAAGUUCAGAGGUAGAUCAUUCAUCGGAUUCAGAAUACAUAGAGAAACCUAAGGGAAAACAAAAACCAAAAUCAAAACGAUCACAUAUAAAAGCGAACUGUGACGGUAUGGAUAAGGUUCCAUCAAUAGAGACUUCAGAGGCACCAAGUCUAGAAGAUACUACUUUGUAUGAAAUUACUCCAAGCACAUCCCAACAAUCCCCGACAUCAUUAGAAACUUCAGAAAAUAUUGAUACUUCGCGUGAAAGUACACCAUGUCCAGUUAUCCAAUCGACCCAACAGACAUCAUUAAAUACUAUUUCUACUCCACGUUCAGUUAUCCAAUCGACUCAACAAGCCUCAAUUUUUACACCGCAAAAACCAAUCAUAACAAAAAUCAUGUAUGAUAGAUUUUCACCAUACCUCAUUUGUGCAUUUAACGCGACAAUAAAUUACAUUAAAGAAACUGUUGAAGAAGGAGUCUACAUAGAAGUAAAAAAUUUAUUACAAGCAAAAGACCGACUUAUUUUGCAGGAAACUUUGGUUAAGAAGCUGGAUGCGAUAUUUGAAACAGACUACACAGGGAUCGAAUCAAAAAUCUUUUCGGAAACAGUUAUCAACGGUGACAACCGGACAGAAGAAGCAAGGUUCAACUUCUUCAUAAGGGACGCACUCCUAGAUUUUGUUGCUAACUUUAGGUACAGAAUGCCGAGAGUUUUAGACCGUGAAAUAUCGGAAAGAACUUAUAUUGUGGAAUCUCUGUCACCUAUCUUCCGUGCUUUUCGAAAUGCUUUCCCGGAUAUCAAAUACGAUUGGAUCGAAAAAAAUGUUUCCUCAAUAAAAGAAGCAAACAAUAUGUUUGCAGAAGAUAUCAAUCCAAGAAAGACAGAUCUACUUAUCAUACGUUUGUCAGACAAUCUGGAAAUACUGAACACAGAAGUCUCAGGACCUCCCUUUAAAGUCACAUGA